CGGGUCGGGACCGGACGGGCCGGGCCGGGACGCAGCGGGCCGGACCGGGCCGCGCCGCGCCGCUCGUGGGGCUGCUGCCGCCGCCGCCGCGGCGCUGCCUGCCGGCCCCAUGGCGAACACGUCGGCGGAGAUCAUCGCCUUCCUGCUGAGCAUCUCGGGCUGGGUGCUGGAGUCCUCCACGCUGCCCACCGACUACUGGAAGGUGUCCUCCAUCGACGGCACGGUCAUCACCACCGCCACCUUCUGGGCCAACCUCUGGAAGACCUGCGUGACCGACUCCACCGGCGUCUCCAACUGCAAGGACUUCCCCUCCAUGCUGGCGCUGGACGGUUACAUUCAAGCCUGCAGAGGACUGAUGAUCUCUGCCGUCUGCCUGGGCCUCUUCGGUGCCAUUUUUGGACUGGUUGGGAUGAAGUGUACCAAAGUCGGAGGCUCCGAUAGGACUAAAGGAAGAAUAGCUUGUUUAGCUGGACUGAUUUUCAUACUUUCUGGAUUGUGCUCUAUGACCAGCUGUUCCCUGUACGCACACAAGAUUACAUCCGAGUUCUUUGAUCCUACUUAUGUUGCACAAAAGUAUGAAUUAGGAGCAGCUUUGUUCAUUGGCUGGGCUGGAGCUUCACUCUGCAUAAUUGGUGGCAGUAUAUUCUGCUUCUCAAUAGCUGAAAACAGUAAUACUCCAAGGAUGGGAUACGCAUAUAAUGGAGCCACAUCUGUGAUGUCUUCUCGUACAAAGAUCCAGAACACUGUUCCAGACCAAACCCUACCAAAGCAUUUUGACAAGAAUGCUUAUGUUUAAUUGUACUGUUCCAAGAUCCAAAGCCAGGUAUAAAAAUCAAUUUGUAUGUUUCAUUCAGAGAGUGAUUUCCCCCCCCAAAACCCAAUGUAAUUACCACUAAGACGAUUAAUUUUUAAAAUAUUAACUUGCGGCUUUUUACAUAUUGAUGUAAAUUUUUUAAUACAGUAUUUUAAGAUUGAUGUUGGUAUUGUAAAGUUUAUGCCUGCAAAUCAUGUGCUUAUGUUGCUUUCUAGAAAAAAUAAAUACGGUAUUUACAGAGGUGGUAUGUCAACUGCCUGUCAGAAUGGCAUCAGAUGCAUAUUUACUGUAGUGCAUCCUUGCAACUGAUUCUGAAAUGGGUUCAGUGCUGCACAAAACUGCCAUAUUCUGUGCAGGUUCAUAUGUAAAAUGUCUCACAACUUAGAAGCAGCAACGUUAGAAUGUGAUUUUCAGAGCACGUUGUAACUCCAGUGCCAGGUGAUGACAGCCAAGAGGAAUCAGCAGGCUCUUACCACCUUAUCGCACUUAUCGCCAGGAGUGGAAGAAAGCGUAAGUUAGUCAGUUCAGUGCCCUAGGAAGAAGAGGAGGAAGAGGCUGGGAAAAGCAGAAAGCAGCAUGGAAUUUGCAGAGCCAGGAGCAGCACAGAACAGCCCCAAGCAGCUGGGUUAAGCAAUGGAAGGGAAAAACCCUCGGCAAUACCAGCUGGCCUGCUCUGCGAGUGACAUUCCUCAAAGGUUGACCAAAUAAAAGCAUGCAAUACUUAAUAGCACUUUUUAGAUAGUCUUCAGUUAGUUACAACAGUUCAGAAAUUCAGCUGGUACUUUUUCUGUCUACAGAAAUGUGAUGGUUUUUCGGCACAUAUUUGUACAAUGAUUCAAUAAACAAGAUCAGAGAUUAUGAAUAACCACAAAAUACCUUCUAGACUGAGACCCUAUAAUGAGGCACAAAAUCAGGUUCUAGCUUGAUGUUUGAAGAGAUGAACCCUUGGACUGUUGUUAAAUUGGUUAUUUGGGGAAAAAGGUGUAAAUAUGAACAAUGAUUAGCCCUAUUUAUUUAUGGCGCAGCAUGAUAGAAGAAGAAUGUUUUGUAUCUGAUACCAACUAAAAUACAUCAGAACUACAAAAUGAUUCAAGCUCUUUAUUUUACCUUAUUUUUGUAUUUCAUCUAAGUUAAAACACCACUGUGCCUUUUUUGAGAAGGCAGCCAAUAUGGGCAAAACAAAAAUAUGAAAGCACUAGCUCAGUGACAGGUCACUACUUUUCUUACCUCAGCUUGAUGUUCUUAUUUCUUUCCAGUUUCUGUAAUUUUAUGUUAACCUGCAUAAGACUCUAAUAGAAAAAAAAGAAUAACUCUCCAAAAUUGAAGGUAUUCAAUAACAACUAAUUUUAUAACCAAGGCCAUUUUUUUUCAUUUGGUGUUUAUUGUAAACCAUGUUAGAAAUGUAAUAUUUUAAUACAUGGAAAUACUUUAUUUAAAAUGUUCAAAAUUUUAUAUAAAGUUUAUGAUGAAAUACAAGGAAAUAUACAUUUAAAAAUCUUAUAAAAUAAAGUAAUACUCCGCAGUAAAUUCUGUUCAUUGGUUAACAGGCUUUCUUACAAUACCAGUUUCAGUCUUAAGAGUAAACAUUAGAGGCAAAAUCUUCACCCCAGUGAAAUCAGAGAGAUUUUUGCCAUUGACUUCGCCAGGACUAAGAGUUAACUCUGAAUUUCCAAAUAGUGAUGGCUAGUAAGGUGUAUUUAAAUACUCGUUUCCAGUUCAGGGCUGAAAGACAAAGGGCUCUGUAAACAGUAUUCCUGGUUACUACAUGAACAAUACGACAAAUGAAUAUGAAACAAUUUUGAUGUUUUCAACUAAAUUUCCAACCCCAGCAGAACCCAAAAGCAGUAGCUCUUAUUAGGAAUACAACAGUCAUAUAUCUGAAGAAUCACUCCAAUCUGUUACAGUGACUAAGCUGCUUUUUAACGUGCUUGUAUUAUCAACUUCAUGAAGGCCUGUUAAAAUAACAAAAGAAAUUAUUAAAAAUGAUUAGUAAUAUUUUGGGGUUAUUUUUCUUUAUAUUGAUCUAUGACAUAAAAUCUUGUGCUAUAUGAACAAACAGCUGUGGACUUCAGGAAGUCCAGAAUUUCAGCCAGGGGGGAAAUUACAAAUACUGAUAGUAUGAAGGAAGUUCCUGUCACAGAAUAUAAUGAAGAAUACAAGCAGUCAGUGUCAGCAUUACUUUCCUUUUAAAAAUGACCUGAAGUAUCUUUUCUAUAAAUAUAAUAGACACAGUUUUAACCUUUAUUAUCUUGAAAUGUUAGGGCUAGAAAAUAUAGAGUAAUAAUAUAGAGUCCUCCACUAUAUAAAAUUGAUGCUCUUUCCUUACCAGUGAUUCAGAUAUUUAUCUCAGCCUCGCAGGUCACUAGACAUGUAUCUUCAACAAAUCUAAGAGCUGAUUAUUAUUCUCAAGCCAAGGUAAUUUUCAUAGUGUCUCCCCUCUGCCCCCCGCCCCAAUUUUGGAAAGGAUGAAAAAAAAUUCCUGGCUGAUUAAUUUUUAAGAGGAUGCCUCUUAGCCUAAUAGUACUAUAUGUUUUAAAACCUCAAAUCUAAGUGUUUUGGUGUAUUGUAUAUUUACCUACAUAUGUGUGUGUGGUUUUAUAUAUAUAAAUACACAUACACACACACACACACGUGUAUGUAUGUAAAUAUACUUUUUAUACACACACACAUAUAUAAAAGGACAAACAUGCUGCUUUUCUUUUUGUUCUUUUCUUGUAAUUUCAUGUAUAGUAUUUUACAAUGUGUAAUACACUACACAAGUUCUCCUCUAUGUGUGUCAGAUGCUUAAGACUUAUACUGUAAAAGUCUGAUUAUGUUACCUUCCUCUUUUGGUACAUUUGUCUUCGGAAGACCCCAUGCAUGUACCACUGAUGCAGCAUUUGACUCGUUCUUUUGAACUGUCAGUGCCUUCUGACCUCUAUCCGCUUUCAUCAAUAAAAAGUCAUCUUCUACAGA